AUGCUGAUGCUGGCAUCUGAAGCAAUGGGUGGAAUGAAUCACUCUGGAGUAUCUGAGUUUGUGCUCCUGGGGCUCACGAGUGGAUGGGAGAUGCAGGUUCCACUUUUCAUCUUCUCUCUGUUGUUCUACUUUGCCAGCGUCACCAGCAACCUCGUCAUUGUGGUGACCAUCACCUCAGAUGCUCAUCUGCACUCCCCUAUGUACUUCCUUCUGGCUAACCUCUCUGUCAUCGAUAUAGUGUUUUGCUCCAUUACAGCUCCUAAGAUGAUUUCUAGCAUUUUCAAGAAACACAAAGCCAUCUCAUUUGAGGGCUGUCUCACCCAGAUCUUCUUCAACCAUGCAGUCGGAGGCACUGAGAUGGUGCUGCUCAUGGCCAUGGCCUUUGACCGGUACGUGGCCAUCUGCCGGCCCCUGCACUACCUGACUGUUAUGAGCCCGCGAGUGUGCCUGUGCUCUUUACUGGCUUCCUGGACCAUCGGCCUUAUCCACUCGUGGGUCCAGUUAGCAUUUGUGAUCAGUUUGCCCUUCUGUGGCCCUAACAUCCUUGACAGUUUUUACUGUGACCUCCCUCGACUCCUCAGGCUGUCCUGCACAGACUUCCACAGCCUUGAGCUCAUGGUCACCAUUAACAGUGGGCUCCUGUCUGUGGGCUCCUUUGUCUUGCUGGUCGCCUCCUAUGUCUUCAUUCUGUUCACUGUCUGGAAACACACAUCCGGGGCUGUGUCCAAGGCCUUCUCCACUCUGUCAGCUCACGUCACUGUCGUCAUCCUGUUCUUUGGGCCAAUGAUGUUUUUUUACACAUGGCCCUCUCCCACAUCACACCUGGAUAAAUACCUUGCUGUUUUUGAUGCCUUUAUCACUCCUGUUUUGAAUCCUGUCAUUUAUACAUUCAGGAACAAAGACAUGAAAGUGGCGAUGAAAAGAUUGUGCACUCGUCUUGUGCACUAUUUCAUGGACGGUUUGGCUAUGAAAAAUGUGGAAGUAUAG